AUGAAUUCGCCAAACCGUAAUGCAUGGAAUAGGCAUAGCAAUCAACAAGGAUAUCAAACACCAUUGAACACAGUAUUGCCAAACCAUGAUGCAUGGGAAGAGUAUGGCAUUCUACAGGUAUAUCAACCACCAUUGAACACAGGUACUUCUUGGCCUUCCCAAGCAUACUAUCAAGAACAGGGAGCCAAUUCAGCUUCUCAGUAUCCGAGUCAGCCAGAUGCAUCAGCUACUUCUGGGUCAGCAUUGCCAAUAGUUUGGGACCGUAAUAUGGCGAACGAUCCGAACGUGCCCAUCGAAAGGGGUCCAAUGUCCAACCAAUAUGCCAACGACCCUGGAUUUUAUUCAGUUCCAGUAUACUCCCCCGGGGGCCCAGAUAGAUCAUCGAAUAUACCAAUGUCAAACCAACACCCAGGCGACCUAACAGUUCCCGAUCCACCCGCGGUAGAGAACCCUCCAGUAAAAUAUCCAUGUAAAGGGGUCUCGCCAGAUAUCAUUUGGGAAUACUUUCUCCGUUCGGAUAUGUUUUCCGUAGACCGGAAGCACCUGAACCCCCCGAGCUUCAAACUUAUCGAUGUUAUCGAUCUCUACCUAUUCACGAGGCUGUGCUCUAGUCUCAAACUGACGGUAAUGAACCCUCCUUCGGACAUUAAGGUCUAUGAACACAUUGCAAACAUUAUGAACAGUCCGUGGUUGGAGAGAAACACGUCUAUAUUCCCGCAACGCCCGCACCUUUCACAACCAUAUACGACUACCAAUUUUUACAAUUAUACCAUGGUGGAAUUAAUUUUCGAAUCCUUUCAAAAUACCAGCAAUCCUCAUCGGGAAAUGCCAGUAAUGGCGGCCAUUACGUGGUUCGACGGCAUAGAUGAGAAUGAUCGGUUUACUUAUCUCUUGGAACCUCUUUACAAUGCCAUAAACCAAUAUUACAAUGAACGUGAAACACCCGAGCUUAUAGCUCUAAGAGAUAUAGUUUGGGAAGCCAACGAGUACUCAUUCACGCGUUCCGAAACAUCCAAUGCCGUUGUCGAGCCACCAGCUCCAGAGCCUAACCCACCUACUCAGCCACCUGAAUCUUCACAUAGGUCUUCACAUGGAACUCCACGUGGAUCUUCGAGUUCGCAAGAUAGAACAGGAUACAUUGAGGAAGAACGGGAAGAGAGAUGCCACUUCAGAAAGCAUCGUUAA